UGUAGCUUCCAAAAUUUUCUCACAAUGAAAAUGUGUCCAGAUGUUGGUUUUUCUUAUUCAGUCUUUUCCUAUCACAGAGAAGGGGAUGAAGAGAAGCAGUCCUAUUUGUGAAUGGUUUUAUAAGCUACAUUUCAGUCAGCUGGACGUUAAGAAGAUAUCAGAAAUCAUUUUUACGUGCUGUGAAUGAUUUUAUGUUUGUUUUGUGUUAGGUGUCAUGAGGAGGUCUGCGGUAUUAGGUGCAGACCAGUGUGCUGUCUCGGCUUGUUUUUGCAGCCUGUGCAGCAGCAGCUGCUGCUGCCUACGUCAGAGGUGGUACUGCGGCGCAGUGUCGGGCUGCAGCAUGGUGGGACGGAUGAAAGACGCGACACGGGCUCGAGAAAGUUUAAAGAUGCUGCACAUGGCAGCGGACUUUACAUGGUUGAUGUAAAGCUGCAACCAAGGCAUCGAUUCCUCCUGCGUCUCUGAUGCGAGGACUAUUUUUCUUUUCUUUUUCUCUCUCUCUCUCUUUUUUUUUUUUUGGCUGCGUAAAAAUACACCCUCCGGCCUACGCGUUAAAGUCCUCGGUCACUCCACCUGCAUGAUCUGUGAGCCAGCCUGCAGGAUGAACUUCAAGAACUUGAGGGAGUACCUGGCCUGGCUGUACUACCAGUACCUGCUCAUCACCGGCAUCUAUGUCCUGGAGCCCUGGGAAAAGUCCAUUUUCAACUCUGUCCUCUUCUCUGCUAUCGCCAUGGUGGUCUACACCUCAUAUGUCUUUGUGCCCAUCCAUGUGCGCCUGGCACUGGAGUUUUUCUCCGGGAUCUUUGGCGGGCAGCCUGAGAGCACCAUGGCACUCAUGAACUAAAAGAAGAAAAUAUGGAGGAAAAGAAGCAGCGACUGGGUGGAUUAGCAUGAGUCCCUAAACCAUUUCUUAUAACUCAACUCCUUAGCUCUCAGAGCACCCUGAGCCUGUCUUUACAUCACGUAAAUGUCAAACUACAGCAGUCCAUCACCUCAGUUUAUCAAGGGUGAAAACAUGAAGAUCUUAAUGGAACUAUCUGGAAAGCAGAGCCUUACUAUCUUCUUUACAUCCCAAACCCUCUGGCCUUACCCCAUGGUAUUAGACACGCGACUGUACAUUACUUUCACACCCUCGCUGUGAAACAUGUUGUAUGUCCUAUUUGUUUUUAUUUUUCCUCACCACAUAUCCUGUGUGAAUGCAUACCACCUCUCGGUUUUGCAUGAUAGGAUCUUAGAAGAGUAGUAGAUUUGCAUGCUCGUCUCACUACAAAAUACUACUAGACUCUCUUCUUUCCAUAAGAACUUUUCAGCUGCAGACUUUAAAGCAAAUUAAAUUUUUGCACUACAUAGUGCCCUUGAAAGUUCCAAUGAUGGAGCAAACAAAGUAGUGACCAUGGCAUGUGCUCUACUUUCUGCUAUUAAUCACGAUUCACCACUAUGUGUCUACACCUGUCAGCAAAACGACAAUGCAGCUCACUACAAACUAUUCAGUGUCUAUUAUAUAGGGAGCAGUGUAUACGUGAAUGAGGGAGUGAUUUUAGACACAGCCUUGGGUAAGCUUCCUCCAGUGUCACAGAAGACAUUUCACAGUGUGUCUCACACACUGACUCACCCCCAACAUUUCUGACAUGCACUUAGUGUUUCUAGUUGAUCCAUGGUUUUAUACCAGAACCACUAUCACCUUUUAUAGUUGCCUUUAUGCACUGUAAUGCUGACUGGCAUUGUACAUUGCACGUUUCAUGUACGUUUCAAGAGAGAGUUUGGUAGAAAAGCCCAAGCUAUGCAAUGUAUCCAAACGUAUCACGAUCAGGGAUCAGUUACACAGUUGUGGAAUGUUUUGCACCAGGCCUACAUUUACCGAUUUAGUGGUCAAAGUGAGUAAUAUAACAAAAUAAUGGCACCGAUGUGUGCCGAGCCCUCUCUUUAUCUCAUAUUUUUUAACUGUUGGUAUGUCAUGAAGGUGUGCUCUGCACUGAACUUUAGCAAAUAUUGAUACAACACACCUUUGUGUUUUAGGCUUGGUUUUGUUAAUGACGUAGCUUUACUCAAACAACAGCCUCUGAGCUCGAAGCAGAACUGCUUUCUGUCAAAUGCAAAAUGCAGUCAAAUUGGCCUGAAUGAUGAGAGAAAGCCUGAGUUGUCAACCAAAAACCGUCUUCCUUACCUAUAGUUGAUCUAUAGCGAAUGAACCAGAGAGAGAGAAUGAGUCGUUGUGUAUCUGGUAGUUGUGAUGAGCAUUGCAUUUAGUCGUGUGCUUAAGAUCAUUUUUAAUUAUUUGUGCUUUGGGUCAAGGGCUUGCUGAUUAUAGUCUAAACAUGAUCUCUAAGUUGACUUUAUUUAUAUGGAGUUAUAUAUUUAUAUACACUGGUAAAUGCUUGGCUGGUUACAAUGUCAAUUACCAAACUUUUUUUUUUUGAUUAUUUAUAUCUGUGUUCUCUUGAGGCCAUACAGUAAAUUACACAUAAUUUGUUCUUUAAGUGCUUUUAUAUUGUUCUCAGUUUAUGUAAUUUCACUUCAGUUUUGUUUCAGUAGUCCAAGACAUUUCCUCUACCAAGAAUGAAGGUCCUCGCUGAGAAGCUUUUUUUCACCGUUCACGAAAUGAAUGAUUUAUUUAUACAUGAUAGCGACACAUCACUGCAAUAUUCAGAAAAUA